AUGGAGAAGAUUCUCGGCUUCCCGCCUGGCUGCGUCGUCGUUUUGUUUUUCGCCAGGGCACGGACCCAGGUUUCGUAUGCUCUCGUGGUCGCACUGGUGUUGCACGCUGCGCGGCAGUCGACCAACACUUGGUUUGACCAGUUGCCCUGGUUCAUCCGGGUAGCUGAAAAGCUCACAUUCAUGUUCGGCAUCCUGUGGUGGUUUGCUGGAGUGUUUCUGAUGAUCAUCCGAGCCCUCCGCAUCGACCAAGAAACCAUGGGGCUACCCUUGGAGCAGAGGGAUUCCGUGGUUCCAAAACUGAUAUCGCUGGCGCAGUCCCGCCGAAGCAAAGAUGUUUUGGCAUUUGCCCAUCAGUUGAGCUGCAUCUGCAUCUUCUUUUGUAUAAUCACGCUUUGCUUUGGUAUUGCCUUCCUGGGCACAUCUGUUUCAAGCAGCGAAUUGGCAGCAGCUGUUGUGGCUCUCUGUUUCGGUGUGCCGCACGCUGCAUUGGCAUUGCAACGCAUAGCGUUUGGAGGUGGCUUUGAAUUAGCAUUCCGAGCGGCGGCUGCUGAGGCGGCCAUGUUGGCCCCGCAGUUUGCAGUCAUUUUAGCUUGUGCCGAUGCGACGGGUCCAGCCAGUUGGUGGCAAGGUGCUCUUCGAUUGGUUUCUUCAGCGCUAUUUGCAGCCGCGCUGUUUUUAGUUGCUUCGCUGCCGCCGCGAUGGCGAUCUCCAUCGGUUGUGGAGAUCUCGGAAAGCGUUUUGUUGGAUGUCAUUGCUUUUGUCAUGAUCCUUCAAACUUUCCCAUACUUACGCAACGAUGGCAUGAUGUACAUACUGAUGGCAUUGGUGGUUGCCUGCUUUCUUUUCGUCAGCUUUCGGGAGUCCAGGUCCGUCGUGGUGGAAUUUGUCGAGCCAAUCAUGCCGCUUCUGGCGACCGAGUGUGCGCAACCACCUUCAUCAAAUGUUCGUGAUUCGAUUCGAUGGAGUGCACAUGGGAUGAUCGUUGUGAAUUCAUUGCUGAUGUUCCAGCAGAUGACACAGCACCACGUAGCGCAAAGUCGCACGUCGGCGACUGAUGAUCAAUGGCGCCCACCAGAAGAUGAGUCUUCCGACCACAGCCCGGGUUUUGGAAGGUUUGAAGAUAGCGACUACUUCGGCGGCUAUGCAGGGGAAGAAGCGUCGAGAAUGCCCUCGCAAGACGACUUGACACUUCGCUGGUAA